GGUAUAAGAAUAUAAUAUAAGCUAUGUAAAACGAUAAAUUUGAUAAUUGCCAUAGUAACAAUUUUGUAAUAACCAUCGGCUUUCAACAAUGACUCAAUUAGAUGUCGAAUCAAUUGAUAAAAAGUAUAAUGUCAGACCCUUUGUAGAAGCUACUCCUUCAAAAUCAAAGGUAGAUGUAAUUGAAUUAGAUGCUAUUGAUUUAUCUUUGUUUAAAGAGGGUCCAGGACAUCUCAAGCAAAGACAAGAACUUGCUGCAAAACUUGAAAAAUCGCUCUCCACUUACGGGUUCUUUUCCUUAAUAAAUCAUGGUAUUGAUACAGAGGAAUUUGAACAUCUUAGAUCGGUUGCUCAAUCAUUAUUAGAAUUGCCUGAAGAGGUCAAGCGUCAAUAUUUGGCAGGUGCUUUGACAUCGGAUUCAGAAGAUAGAAGUAUUUCGUUAGGUGGUGAAAGAGGUGCAGGAUUUAAACCAAGAGGUUAUUGGUCUAUGAAGAAUGGUGUUACUGAUUCUAUUGAGCAUUAUAAUUUUAGAGAUUUACAACAAGCUCAACUUUUUGAUAAAAAUAGACCAUAUCCUGAAAUAGCAAGGGCUCACUUACCAGAAGUUGCUCAUUAUUUCCGUUAUUUACAUCAAACUAUAUUGAGAAAGAUAACUAUAUUGUGUGACAUUAUCUUCGAAUUACCUGAGGGGUUUCUCUGGGAGAAUUACUUCAAAGUGAUAGAUGGGGAUUUAUACAAUUCAGGUUCUGGAUUUGGUAGAUUUAUGUUAUAUCAUGCUAUGAAGAAAGAAGAUGAAGUCAAAGUUGAUAAAAAUUGGUUAAGGGGUCAUUCAGAUGGAACUGGUUUCACAUUUAUUACUUCUCAACCAAUUUUAUCUUUACAAAUUAGGGACUAUUAUAGUGGUGAUUGGAAAUAUGUUGGACAUACGCCAAAUGGGUUGAUUGUAAAUAUUGGUGAUGCUAUGGAAUUCAUUUCAGGGGGAUAUUUCAAAUCGUCAAUUCAUCGUGUUGUAACUCCACCGGAAGACCAAAAACAAUUCAAAAGAUUGGUUCUUAUUUACUUCUGCAAUCCUAAGCAACCUGCAGUUUUAGACCCCGAACCACUCAAUUCUCCUAAAUUGAAAAGACUUGGUUUUGACAAACCAAAGGAAUGGGAAAAGAUAGUAUUUGCCCAAUGGGAUGAUGAAAAGGGUAGAUUAUUUGGAAAGAAGGCAGUUAAUGAUACUAACAAUGAUGAACCAAAUUUGGUAUUAUUAUAUGGUAGACUCCAUGAAAGAUGGCAUCAAGCAGAAUCAAAUUUCUCCUUGGAUGAAGCUAGAAAGAGAUUUAAUGUUAUAACUAUUUAA